AUGGAGAACUACCUCAUGGGCGGCAUAGCGUACGACCCGAUAUUAGUAAACCUCAGCGACGCGUACAGCCAGCUGAAGGCGCUCAGGGAGAAGGCCUUGGCGGACGGCACGGUGUGGAACGCGCCGGAGGUGUUCGAGAGGAAGACCGUGAAGUACUGGGUCCACCCCGCGAACGUCCUGCGGGUGAAGUGCAUGCUGAUAAAGCACCUGCCCAUACUCAUCUACGGCGCGGGGAAGGGCCAGGCCGACGCGAAGAGUCGGCUGUCGUCUCUGAAGGAGCAGACGCAGAAGGACGGGACGCUGAUAUCGUCGGUGUACUUCGACAACGACGAGCUGCAGACGUACCACGACCGCAUACGGAGGGAGCACGGGUCGUCGCUGACGCGCAUUCGGUGGUACAACAAGCGCGUGCUCACGGACGACAUGGAGACGUUCAUCGAGAGGAAGAUACACGGGGACAGCUGGACGGGCAUAAAGAGCGUCAAGGAGAGGUCCCCGAUGCCCGCGACGCAGGUGCCAAGGUUCAUCAACGGCGAGCACGUUGAGGCGAUGGACGCCGAGGGCAGCAAGGGGGAGCGCCUCCUAGACAUACAGACAAAAGUCUUCCACGAACGAAGAGAGGAGCCCAACGUACGCACAGAGUACGUUCGAGUCGCCUUCCAAGAGUCCAGUUCGAAUGAAGUCCGCAUUUCGCUGGACAGUCAUGUCCGCAUGAUUCGAGAGAAGGGGGUGCCCAGGGGUCCAACGGGCUGGCACAGAGACGUCGUGAAGAGUGAACCACAACCGAAAGAUGUCGUCAACUUUCCAUACUCGAUAUUGGAGACCAAGGUGGCCAGCGAGGAGCCUCCUGAAUGGGUUCAGGAAAUUCUGAACACCGGCAUGCUCGUCGAGGUGCCCAAGUUUUCCAAAUUCCUCCAUGGGACGGCCCUUCUUUUUGGGGACAGUGUCAGCCACUCUCCUUUCUGGUUUGUUCCCGACGACCAUGACCGGUACACGCCUGCCACCAUUGCCGAGAUGGCUGACCAAUCCGAUGUGUACGACAAGAAAGCCGGCCAGCGCGGCGCCCAAGCGCCCCACCAGGCGGGCACCACCUCCAACCGUGUGGAGCUCAGCGAGAUCAUCGUGGCGCAGUCGUCGCAGACGGCCGCCGGCGCCCGAGAGGUGAUCCCGGUAGCGGAGCCCGACACUGCCACCAAGAAGAAAAUGAAAAGCAAGGGGGUCGACAAGAAGUCCGUGCGGACGGCGGCCCUUGUCCGCACGCGCAUCGAGCCCAAGACGUUCUUCGCCAACGAGAGGACGUUCCUGGCGUGGCUGACCAUAUCCGUGCUGGUCAUGUUCAUGGGACUGACGCUGCUGGAUGGGGCCAGCCUUGUGGGCGGCGCGACGGCGGAGAGUGUGAAGCCAUGCGAGGAGGACAACUCGUGCAGGGUCCGGGAGAUUUCUGGCGUCUUGAUAUCACCCAUGGCCCUGGUGCUGAUGGCAUACUCACUGUACCAGUACCGGAGGCGCAACAUCCAAAUCCUGCGCAGGGAGACCGUCCGGUUCGAUGACCAGCGCGGUCCGGUCUUGAUAACCGGCCUUCUCCUGGCGAUACUAAUAACAGCAUUUGUCAUAUCCGCGAGGGCCAAGUUCUAG